AUGGCGUCGCUUCCUUCGGAACCAUGUCCAAAGAAAAAAAAGCUACCUAAAAGAGAAAAGAAAAAAAUGAUGUCGGAAAAGGGACAGAAAAGUGCAUCCGCAAGAGGAAGGGGAGUACAAUCUCGACAAGAAUUCACCCUGCCCGCUCAAUGGGAAAGUGAAACAAGGGAAGGUGAGACCAGAGCGAUCGUGGACUACUAUUCACCUGGGAAGACAAAAUACCGCUCUGCGCCGGAGGUGGAGAAAGUACUCCGUGAAAGAGGAAUGCGUUUAUGUUUCCAAGAUGAAAGCAGCGAAAGCGAUGGUUAUCAUGCUACAGAAAGUGAUAACGAAGAGAAACUGCCAUCCACCUCAAAGGUCCUCAAAAAUUCUCAUCAUGAAGUGGAACAGCGUUUGUGUGUCUGCGAAUCGACACAGAUCUGCAAGUUUGUCGAAGACAUCAACAAGAGUUCUCGAUGUUCUACGGAGGAAUGUGAUGGUAUGUUUUUUCGUUUCUAAAAGUUGUUUUCAAUGUGUUUUUAAUGUGUUUGGCUUCUCUAAACUAUUUUUAUAAUAACAUAUUGCCCAAUUAUCACACCUGUUCAAAAUUAACAUAGGAUCAAAAUUAAGAGAUUUUUGUGCUUUUAGUCUCCAUUAUUUUGAGCUAGCUUUCUAUGUUAUUGUGCUUAAAGAACCUUUGACACAUUAUUCUUGUAAUUCCAUUUUAUAAUUUGCCAUUCACCAUCAUGUAAUUGAAACUACCUGCAACUAAGCUAUAAUCUAUAUAAAUUACAUGUAUUGCAAAAAUAAUUUUGGUUGUUGUUUUCCACACCCAAAGAAUUUGCCACCCUUGUACAGUUUGUUUUUGUCAAAAUUAGACCAAUAUGUCAUAAAGGAAGAUAUAUAUUCCCAACAUGGUGGGAUUUGGCCUUGUGUUCCAAAAAAAAAGAAGUUAAAUCGCCACCACAGUCAACCUUCCCUCCUCUGGCCUAUUAUUUAAAAAUUAUUAGGUACAUUCAGUCAAAGUGCAGGUAGAAGCCUUUCAUAAUUUCCACACCCUGUUACAUAUAAUAGUAUGUAUGAUUUUCCAGGUUUGUUGGUCCCUUCUAAAGUGGAAACAGUGGGCCUUGGAGGAACUAUUAACAUAACAUUUGCCUGCAGUGGUUGCCAGUUGCGGAGUGUUAAUUUCCAAGGAUCGUCAAUGGUGGAAGCCUCAAGGCGAACUGUGGUAGGCCUGGCACUUGCUGUAGCAUUUAUUGUUUCUGGGCAUGGCUUUUCAAAGUUUAACAAGACUUUGAACCAGUGUCUUGGUAUCCAGGGGAUAUCUAAGAAUCGAUAUUAUGAGGUCGUAAAACUCAUCUUUCCUCAUAUUCACAACAUUCUAAGUGAAAUGUGUGAGGAAGCAAAGAACAACAUGAAAGCUUUGGAUGAUGGAGUGCUUGGAAGUUGGAAGCGUGGUGUUGUAACAUCAGAUGGGGUAUGGCACACUAGGGGCCAUUUUAGUAAAAAUGGCUCCUUUAUUAUCAAGAACUACCUGACUGGAGGUCUUCUUUGGUUCGGGCACAAGUGCAUGAAAGGGGCUUCAGAUGACGAUGAACUGUAUAUGGGAACGGCUAAAUCGAUGGAAGGUGUUCUGGCUGAUGAAUGCUAUCAACAGGCGAAAGAUGAGGGUUGCAAUAUAGUUGUAGUUUGGCAAGAUGGGGACUCAAGUUCGCAGAAGUCUGUAGAAAAGGUUUUCGGUGAAGAGCCCAGAAGAGUAUUCAAGUGUGGGGGCCAUGUUGGAAGGGCACAUGCAAACAAUCUCAAGGAACUUUCAAAACAAAAGGUAUUCUCAGCCACACAAAUCUCAAGAUUGAAGACAACGUUUCCUGAUGUUGAAUCAGCUCAAUGCCAGUGCAAGCGUCACAGCAAGUCCUGCGGGUGUCUGUCGGAUACAUUCAUCAACAAUGCUCGCAUCAACCACUUUUGCUGCUUGCAACAGUGCAAAAAUCCAGAAGAUUAUGCAAAACGUAUGAGGGCCUUAGCAGAUCACCACUCCAAAAAUGAACAUAAAUGGAAUGAUGGUGAAUGUGACUUUCACCCACUGACAGUGUGCUCUUGUGGUAAAUGCAGUGACGACGACGAGGAGCUAUCUUGUGAGGGAAAAGCUUAUGCCACAAAAUCAGUGCUCAAGUGUGCAUUCCAUCAUUUGGCCUAUCGCACUGAAUGCGAGCUACGAGCUAAGGAUGCGGAAGCUGUGAUCCAUCCAGAAAUGGGAAGGGGGCAGUCAAACUUGUGUGAAGCGCAUUUUGCUGUCCUUCCACAUUUCAGAGCAAAGAGCCAAAGCUUGUGCAGGUAUUUAAAGUAACAUAAAUAUCAAAGGGCUGCCCAAUGUCACUAUGCAGUAUAUCUACAUGCAAUGUUGCUGUUCAGUUUGGAUUUUCACCUGCCAUUUUACCAUGUCUAUCACAAAACUUCAUUUCAAAGUAAAAAAGCUCAUAAUUAUCAUGAUGCCUAAUGUCAAUAAAUCUGCCAGUAUUGUUUUUCAAUUCUGGUCAGCAAAUUUGUGCACUUUCAAAAUAAAUUAUUCAUUCCUGCAGAUGUUUAUUGAGUGUAAUGUAAAUCUAUGGCAUUUACAGUUCCUGGUACUUGGGAAAGAAAAAAACAGGUCUACAUUAGUGGGCAACUAGUCUAAUGUAUUUAGGUUCCAAUCUUGCUAUUUUGCACAUAAUCCCUUACCUUGUAAAUAAAUAUCAUUCCAAUGGUCAGGGUGUUGUAAGGGGCCUUGCUUAGCCUUAUCAUAAUGUCAGGUUGACACAACAUUACCAGUGUAAUUUAUACAAUAUUUACCAUUUCAUUUCUCGUUGGAGUUCACUGUGUGUAAAGUGAAUACAUUGUGUUUAUUUUAUUUCAGGUUGCAUUACAUAGCCUGCACUAACUGUGGUCUGGCACAGGGAAACAUGUCUUGGUGCUUUGAAAAGCGAGGAAAAGACUACCAUUGGGUUGUUGAUUUGUACGAGCGAUUGAAACUUCCAAUAAUACCCAAGGUUGUUCGAGCCUUUCAGAAAGCCACGCAAGAGAGAAUGAAGGACCUGGCAAAGAAGAAAACUAAGGAGUAUAAACAGCAGAGGAUUUCUCAGAAAGUUGCUCGAGCAGAAGACCAGGAAGAACGCAAGAAAUGGGUGAAGCGACAGGCUGUUAUUCACACCUAUGGUGUAGAGGGUGAGGAGGAAGGCACAGAAGACUCCAAUUUGGUACAAGAAGCAGAGCAAUUGUUAGGUGGGGAGGACACCCAAAUAGUGAGCGGCAGGAAAUGCAAAUGCGGAUCUACAAGUCACCUACGCACCUCAAGUCACUCUUGUCCGCUCAACAAGAAGAACAAUAAGUAAGGACAUUUUUAAAACAUUCUGUUUCUUCUAGUAAGAACUCAAAGAGCACUGUUUGUAUUGUAGUAAUGUCAAUAGUUUUGCUGCCUUGCCCUGACACGAGUGUACAUAGGCAAGGGUGUUUGCACCUGUCAAGCUAGUACUACAAUUGCAAAUCGAGUUCGUUUUUAACUUCCCUGUAAGCCACAUACAUUGGUGUUCAAAUUAGACGCCGUGUUCCUGCUAUUGUCCACAUUGUUCCAGCUUUGGAUGGCGGUUAUGGUAGUCCAGUAGAAUAG